GCGUCUUGCGGCCAGUGAAACCGCGUUCGCAACAAAAGCUUCUGCGCCUUUGUCCGGCAGUAUGAUCAUGGGUGCGGUCAAAGUCAUUAAGAACAAAGCGUUCUUCAAACGAUUUCAAGUGAAACUGAAGAGGAGACGCCAAGGAAAGACCGAUUAUUACGCUAGAGCUAGACUGACGAAGCAGGACAAAAACAAGUACGGCUCACCAAAGUACCGGCUAGUCGCUCGUUUCACAAACAAGGAUAUUGUUGCACAGAUCGUAUAUUCAAAAAUCGAAGGCGAUGUUGUUGUUACUGCAGCGUAUUCUCACGAGCUUCGUCAUUAUGGAGUCAAGGUUGGCCUAACAAAUUACGCAGCAGCCUAUGCUACUGGUCUUCUACUGGCUCGACGUCAUCUCAAAAAUCUAGAGCUUGACAAUGUCUUUGCAGGGCAAGAUGAGGUAAAUGGAGAGUACUUCAUCGUUGAGGAGGAAAAUGGUCGUAGACCAUUCAAAGCUGUUUUGGAUGUUGGAUUAUCGAGAACAACGACCGGUUAA